AUGAGGUUUAGUUCAAAAGGAAGUGGGAUUUCCGUGUUGAUAGAGUCAACAACAUCGUCGGGGGAAUCUCAUGGAUUGUAUGAUUAUGAGAAAAAAACAAAGUUUAAUCAGACACUAUCAAUAGAUGACACAAAAUGUUCAUAUAUAAUUUUUUUAGAAAAUGAAACUGGCCAAUUAAUUGUUCAGCCGGAAUUCGACAACAAUCUAAAAUUUCAUGAAAAUUUGCACCAGGAAUCAGCUCAGAAUUUGAGAUGUGGAUCAAAUGGAGUGAUAAUUAGCAACAUUCAGGACUUUGGCAAGGAGUUUGUGCCAGUACUUAGGUUGUAUUUGUUAAAGAAUUCCUGGUUUGUAGAAGUUAUUAAGGAUAUCAAUAGGCAAUUAAGAACCUCAAAUACUUGCUUUAACCAGCCACAACCACCGUCCGUAUCUGGUUACAGUAUGGACCUUUUCUUCCGUUCUAUGCCAAAGUCUGGUUCAAGUAAGGGAAGAAAUCAUUAUAAGGAAGAUAAUAAAGUUUGGUUGGUUGCCCCCAAAACUUCACCCGGAAUACCUCUAAUCAAGGGAGACCUGUUGAAGUUUGGUCGUUGUAAGAUGUUAAUUCAUGACAUUAUAAAUACAUCUUCAGUGGCCAAGGAAGAGUUAUCCAAAGCCCCUUUCUUACCAUUGAUCGGUCAUCAAGACUUUCAGACAAAUCUUGAAUCUUUUCUUCAUGUGUCCCCUUCAGCUGAAGCUGGUAAAGAGCCUGAAAUUUUGGCUUGUUCUAAGGCACGUGCUAUAGAGAAGGCUUUGGCUAUUUAUUCAAAAGAUGAUAUCAAAUCAGUUAGUAAUCUCCCUGGUGACUCUUUAGUUGAGUGUGAAGAUGUCACAACUAAUUUUAUUUCUUCCGGCUCCAUUUCAAACAACGCAACUCAUGAGGAUCUCAAUUUCCAAACUUUCCAUGAAGAAAGUUACCGAACUAUACAAAUUGAAAACUGCGGUUCAUCAGGGAUAAAUCCUGGUGUAGAAACUCAGAUUCAAGAUAAAUAUGAACAAAUAGUAAAUUGCGAAAAACAAAAAUCUAAAGUUAUUAGAUGCUGUAGAAUAUGUCUUUUUGAUGAUGGCGACAGUUUUGCUGAUGCUAAUGAGCCUCUCAAUCCAUUGAUUUGUCCAUGUGAUUGUAAAGGUUCAAUGCAAUAUGUACAUUUACAAUGUCUUCGAACAUGGCUUGAGUCACGCUUGGAAAUCCCCCCAGAGUGGUUUCUUCACACUGAAAGAGGUUCCAGUACGCCUGGGAACUUUCUAGGAAACUCUAUUCAGGUUCAGGGAGGAACUGAAAAUUUCUCACAGCUACAUUUUCGUGACCGAAUGAAAUUCAAAGUUAUUAAUCUACUCAAAAGAUGGGCAUCUCGUUUUUCUGGCUACAAUUCUAAAGUAAACUCUCCAGCAUGUCUACAUUUAAAGAAGUUUGAAUGCGAACUUUGUAAAGUUUACUUCCCUACUCAAUUAAGGCUUGUCAAUAACGAUGGUUCUGGCUCAGCUUUUAUACCAUUAUUCAGAGUCCCUCGCCCUAGAUUCCCAUACCUGGUUCUUGUUCCUCUUGAAGGAGACUUUUCUUCAAAGAUCGGCCAGAUUGUGGUUUCUUUUGGGGGAGCUGGUACAUCGGUUUGUAUUGGUAGAGGCCAUAACUCUGAUAUUAGAUUGGGUGAGAUCAGUGUUAGCAGGUCGCAUGCGCAAUUUCAGCACUGCUACUUCUCAGGUUCCUACCAAAUCUGUCUUUCGGAUGUGAAGAGUAAAUUUGGAUCUCUUGUUGAGUUCACACGACCAAUAAAACUCGGAAAGGAAAACUUAUCUGUUCAAAUUGGCAAGACUCUUGUUUCUUUUAAGACUUUCAAGUCUACUGGAUCUGCUUCCAAUAUUUUACCUUUCUUUUCGGGUUGUAUUGGCCGCAGAAUGACUGCUUGUGAUGCUCAAGAGUUUAAAAGUAAAGACCAAAAGAUCAAAAAAAGUGUUAAUCUCACUUUUGACUCCUCGUCCGAGUUGGGUUUUGGGGAUUCUGUAUUAAUUAAUUCCUUAGCAAAUGUUUCAAACACAAUUGACAACCGCCUUGAAGAUUCUAAUUACUUAGAGGAAGAUAUUAAGCAGUUAAAUCAUUUUGGGAAUGUCUCCAACCAUAGAGUGCCUCAGAGGCACAGUUAUAUUUUUGAACCUUGA